AUGGCCGAUAAAUUCCCUGCUUUAGAUCAAGAAUUUAACGAUGCUGCCGCAGCCGAGACCGAUAGUGACUUUCUCGCUCGUGAACAGGAAUUGUUAGGGAACGAAUUUCAAACUGCGAACGAUAAAGAAGGCAUAGCUGAAAGUGAGGACGAUGAAAUUAAUGAUUUUAAAGAGCAAUAUCCAGAAGUUGGAGAUGAUCCGGAACCAGUUUCUAAUGGAAAUGAAAAGGAAGAGGAAUUUGAAGGAUUUGGGAAUUCUGCUUCUAACUCAACUGGCACUUCCGGUGUCUCCAAGCAUCUUGAGGAAUGGAAGGAACGUCGCGAUUUGGAAAUCAGCGAGAGGGAAACAGCAAACUCUAAGAAGAAGGAAGAAAUCGUAAAUAAGGCUAGAGAAACCAUUGACGACUUUUAUGACAAUUACAAUUCCAAGAAGGAAAAGCACUCGAAGGAUGUAUUGAAAGAACAAGAGGACUUUUUGGAAAAACGUGAUGGUUUCUUGAAGAGAGGUACCUUAUGGGAUAGAGUAAACGAAUUGGUUGGCGAAGUUGGAGAAGUCGGUGGUGAGAAAGACAAGACUAGAUUUAAGGGCUUAUUGACAAAGUUAAAGGGCAAUGAGAACGUUCCAGGUGCAGGUGGCUACUAA